UGCUUCUUUAAAGAUCCCCUUCCUUGCCGCUUGCAGCUUUAUCUCAGUUUCCGCUAAGAAUAUUUAUUUGCAAUGGAGCAAGAAUCCUGACGGUGGGUAAUCCGCUUUCUCCUCCGCUAUUCUCCAUUCCCGCCCUAAGCUAUUUCCUUAACCUUCUUCUAGCCAUGUGACACACUAACCUUCUUUCCCCCACCAUGGCUAGAUUCCCGUUCCUUCUUGGUUUCCUCUCCUCAUCAUAUUCGCUCUCCCGCCGCACUCCUGUCGACGAGACAGACGACGAAGUGGUUGAGUGCGGGUGCAGCGAUGAUCUCAUUUCGUCUUCGCUGAUCGCGCCGGCUGUGGAGGAGGGCGGCGGGGACGGAAGGGAGGGUCGGGGUCAGCAGUUCUCCAUAGUGGGGACUGUGGCUGCGGUGCUGCGGAAGUCGUUGGUGAUGUGCAGCGUAGGAGCUGGGGAAGAACGUGCUGGAGCUUCCAUGGACAUCGGCCGGCCGACUGAUGUUCAGCACAUCGCCCAUGUGACGUUCGAUAGGUUUGAUGGGUUUCUCGGUCUGCCGCUGGAGUUCCAGCCCGAUAUCCCCAGCAAAGUUCCUAGUGCCAGUGUCAGCGUAUUUGGAGUUUCUGCUGAAUAUAUGCAAUGUUCCCAUGAUUGUAGAGGAAACAGUGUACCAACUAUUUUGCUCUCCAUGCAAAGACACCUGUAUUCACAAGGUGGCCUUAAGGCAGAAGGGAUCUUCAGGAUUAAUGCAGAGAAUGGACAAGAAACUCUUGUCAGAGAGCAACUAAACAAGGGCGUUGUGCCACAUGGAGUUGAUCUACACUGUCUUGCUGGUCUGAUUAAGGCAUGGUUUAGAGAACUUCCGAAUGGGGUUCUCGACUCGCUUACACCGGAGCAAGUCAUGCACUGUAACACCCAGGAAGAUUGUUAUCAACUUGUACAUGCUCUGCCACGCACCGAAGCAGCUUUGCUUGACUGGGCCAUUAAUUUGAUGGCAGAUGUUGUGGAGCAUGAACAUUACAAUAAGAUGAACGCUCGAAGUAUAGCCAUGGUUUUUGCUCCUAACAUGACUCAGAUGUCGGAUCCUUUGACAGCACUAAUACAUGCGGUUCAAGUAAUGAACUUUCUAAAGGCCCUAGUUGUACAGAAGCUCGGAGAAAGAGAGAAUGAAGCAGCACAUGCGAAGCAAUUCCAUCCCCAUGAUUUCUCAAAUGUUGCAGAGAUUUCUUUCAUGGAUGUGGACCGAGGAACUUCUACGUUAGGUGCCUCAAAAGUCAAACCUUUCAGCAACUUAUGUAACAUAGAAGAUGGUUCAGACAGUGAUGCCAAUGAGAGUUUUCGGAGCUUUGAAAAGAGAAGUGACGUUGACGACGGCGAAUUUAUUUCCGGACAAUGUUCUCCUGCUAUAAGUGAUUUUGAUGCCGCGAAAGAUGGAAUUAAGUGCAGAAAUGGUAAUGGUGAUGCAGAAGGUUUAUUGAAUAGACUGAAUCUUAGGAAGGGAGUGCAGAAGCUUUACAGUCAUCCCGUGUUUCAGUUGAGUAGAUCAAGUAAGAAGGCUGGAGAAAUUGAAGCUGUUUCUGGUUAACAUAACCUUAUAGUGGGAGAACAUUUUCCCUCAAUCGGAGCUGACUUUGUUACAUGAACAAAAGGUAAUAAGACAAUGUUUUUGGAUUUGUAUCAGGAGUGUAUUUAGUGAGAGUGUUUGAGUUUUUUUAGUUAUGGCUACAUAGAAAAGCAAAAGGAAAUUUUUAAUUGUAUAGUGUUCAUUAUUAUUAAACGGUCGCGUGAUGUUCAAACUUGCCGAUGGCAUCUUUUAGGGUUUGUGUGAUAAUGGAAUAAUUUGUUUCAGGUG